CCCCUAGGUGGCAGCAGGGGGCAUCCUUCCAAGCUUAAGUAACCCCGUUUUCGUCUCAUCUGGGACAUAAAGUCCGUGAAGACGUGCUGUUUGGCAGAAACGGCGUUUCGUGGGCUGAUCGAUCCCUCCUACGAUAUCACUGCAGUUGCCUUGGCUGGAGAAGUCCUGCCCUUGUGUGAUGGGGUCCAAAGUGUCUGUGGAUGCUUCGGUGCGUGUGGUGAUAGUGGGAGGGGGCUUUGGUGGGAUAGAAGCCGCCCUCCAGCUUCAUAGCUGGGAGAUUCCUUUCCUUCUUGUGGACAUGAGAGAUGCCUUCCACCACAACGUGGCUGCCCUCCGAGCCUCUGUAGACAGUGGAUUUGCUAAGAAAACUUUCAUCUCCUUCUCUGUGACCUUUAAAGACAGCUUCCGGCAGGGCACAGUAGUUGGGAUUGACUUGGAUAAACAACAUGUUCUGUUGAAUGACGGUGAAGAGAUCUUUUUUUCUCACCUGAUCCUUGCCACAGGGAGUGAUGGGCCUUUCCCUGGGAAAUUUAACCAAGUUAUUGACAUGCAGGCUGCUAUUCAGACCUAUGAAGACAUGGCAAAAGAGGUUCAGAAAGCUCCCCGUAUAGUCAUUGUGGGUGGUGGUUCUGCUGGUGUCGAAAUGGCUGCAGAAGUGAAGACAAUGUAUCCCACAAAAGAGGUUGCAUUAAUUCACUCUAAAAUUGCAUUGGCAGAUGAAGAAUUGCUUCCUAGAGUCCGACAAGAGGUGAAAGAAACCCUUAUACAUGAAGGGGUAAAUCUUUUUUUAGGUCAGAGAGUUGAUAACCUGCAUGAGCUGACUUUACACCAAUUCAAGGAGAACAUGGUAGUGAAGACUGAUAAAGGCACAGAAAUGGUUACUGAUAUGGUGAUCCUUUGCACUGGAAUAAAAGUCAAUUCAUCAGCAUAUAGAAGUUCAUUCAUUAACAAACUGGCAAGUAAUGGUGCUCUGAAAGUGAAUGACCACCUUCAGGUAGAAGGAUAUGAUAAUAUUUAUGCCAUUGGUGAUUGUGCUGAUGUGAAAGAGCCCAAGAUGGCCUAUCAUGCUGGGCUCCAUGCAGAUGUUGCAGUGACCAAUAUUAUCAAUAGCCUGACACAGAAACCUCUGAAAAUCUACACUCCAGGAUCACUUACCUUCCUGAUAUCAAUGGGAAGCAAUGAUGGAGUUGGACAGAUUAGUGGAAUCUACAUUGGGCAUUUCUUAGUUACUGUUGCCAAAAGCAAAGAUCUUUUUGUCUCAAAAAGUUGGAAGAAGAUGGGUCAGCAUAUGCCUUGCUAGUAAGCAAAAAAGCAAGUGAGCAAGAAAAAUGUUAUAUUACCAGUGCCAAUAGUAUACAGAACAUCUGAUAAGCUAAGGACUGAACAGAAUAAUUUUUUCAGGGAAAAUGCAUUUCUAUGUGGUAUAUUUAAUAGAUCUCUGCAGAAGCUGCAUUUAACAUUGGACCUUCAGUUUUAUUAAUGUUCGCAUAAAUUUUGCAAAAUUGAACCAAGUUUUCAAAUUAAAGAGGCAGCAAACUA